CAUAAUCAAUCAAUUCUGCAGUCGAGCACUGGGAUUGGAAUUUUAUUGUUAACUUAUAAUGUUUUAUAUUGUAGGGCAUAGCCUUAGGGUAAAAAAGUGGUAGUUUUAAAAUGGAACGAUGAAAAUAAAAACGUGAAAUGUAUAAGUUGUUGUGCUAUAAGUGGUAUAACUGUUAAAUGUUGGUGGUUUUGGGCUGGUCCGUUUACACAAACGGAAACAAUCCAUGUUUCCACUCGCUUUUAGGACCGUUCUGUAAAAUAUUUAGGUGACAACAGUUUAGUUUUUUGUAUAAAUUGUACAGAAUUUAUAUUAUUGUAAUGUAAAUAAAAAAAUAUUCUUUGCUGGCGCAUGCGUCGGGACGAAAAACAGACAAAGGUUUUGUGGAGUUUGAAAAUCAGCUGUAUUAUUUUAAUGUGCAAUGAGUUAGUGCCCGUGGAGUGUUUGAAGAAGUGACAAUGAUUAGUGAAAUUGGAUACACAGUGUUUGUGCUCCUGGCCCUGCCUUACAUUGAAAGUGCAACCCGUCGCGAACUAAGUGAAUACAUCACAUACUACGAGCCGCUCGACUACGACGCGAGCGACUUGCACGAGCAGCACACGCGCGCGCGGCGCUCCACAGACGCACCCGCUGACUUGCGGCUCAAGUUCCGCGCGCACGGCCGGCGGUUCCACCUGCGGCUCCGACGUGACCUGUCCGCCUUCCACGAGGACUUGCAGGUGGAGGGCUCACAGGGGCAAAUACACAAUGUCGACACGUCGCACAUAUAUCACGGGGAAUUGGCUGACGAUCCCCAAUCGACGGUAUUCGGUUCGGUGACGGAGGGCGUGUUUGAAGGCAAGAUCAUCGCCAGCGACGGAGCGUACUACGUCGAGCACGCACGGCGGUACUUCCCGCCGAACGGCACCCGCUCGCGGGGGCCUCACUCCGUUAUCUACCGCGAGGGCGACGUGGUCGACCCGUACGCGCACAGGAGACACGGUCACGUGGGCGGCUGCGGUAUCACAGACGAGGUGGUGCAGUGGAUGGAGCGCAUCCAGAACUCUGGUGUAGAGGACGAGGUCUCACCGUCACCGCCACCGCCCGCACCGUCAUCAAACCCCUACCCGCACCAUAUACCGUCUUCGCCCCCGCCACAUCCUAACAGCUUGAGGGAUGAUAACCCUAGGUUCUGGGACAUGCAGUACCACGACAAGUACUCGCGGGCGGCGAACAGCGGUCACUCGCGUUCCCGGCGAGCGGCCAAGGAGGCGAACCGGACCAGCUGCUCGCUCUACAUACAGACGGACCCGCUCAUAUGGCGGCACGUCAGGGAGGGGUUUCCUGAUCACCGAGACCCCAGCAAGAAGGCCGAAGUGGACAUGAAGACGCGCGAGGAGCUACUCUCACUGAUCGCGCACCACGUCACCGCCGUCAACUACAUCUACAAGAGCACCCGCUUCGACGGACAUAUGGAGCACAGGAACAUUCAGUUUGAAGUGCAGCGGAUAAAGAUCGAUGACUCCGAAUGCAACCACCACUACGGCACCAGCGAGACGAACCAAUUCUGCCUCGAGAACAUCGACGUGUCCAACUUCCUGAACCUGCACUCGCUCGCCAACCACGAGGAUUUUUGCCUCGCCUACGUGUUCACCUACCGGGACUUCACCGGUGGCACUCUAGGCUUAGCAUGGGUCGCAAGCGCAAGCGGCGCGUCGGGCGGCAUCUGCGAGAAAUACAAGACGUACACGGAGACGAUAGGCGGCAUGUACCAGAGCACGAAGCGCUCGCUCAACACGGGCAUCAUCACGUUCGUCAACUACAACAGCCGCGUGCCGCCUAAAGUCAGCCAGCUCACGUUGGCACACGAGAUUGGACACAAUUUCGGCUCGCCACACGACUAUCCGUCGGAGUGCCGACCAGGCGGCCAGCAGGGCAACUUCAUAAUGUUCGCGUCUGCCACCAGCGGCGACCGACCCAACAACAGCAAGUUCUCCGCCUGCUCCAAGGGGAACAUCAGUCAAGUACUCGAUGCAGUACGGGAUGGACGGAAGAGGAACUGCCUCUCGGCUAGCCAGGGAUCGUUCUGCGGGAACAAGAUUGUGGAGUUAGGAGAGCAAUGCGACUGUGGUUACGACGAGCUCGAGUGCAAAGACCGCUGCUGCUACCCGCGCGUCAUCAACGACACGGAGCGCAGCCUCAACAUGAGCGCGCGCGGCUGCACCCGGAGGGCCAUGACUCAGUGCAGUCCGUCACAAGGCCCGUGCUGCAACGCGCAAACAUGCAUGUUCGUAACAGCGGGCGCCAACCAGACAUGUCGCGAGGCAACCGAAUGCAGUCACGCGUCGUUCUGUUCGGGGCGCUCGGCAAUGUGCCCAGAGCCGCGAGCUAUGGACAACGGCACUCUAUGCAAUAACGGCACCCAACUGUGCAAGUCCGGCGAGUGCAGCGACAGCAUCUGCAAGCUGUGGAACAUGACGGAAUGUUUCCUGUCGUCGGCGCCCACGGCCCGCGGGGACGGCGUGACGGCCACGGCCGACCGUCGCAUGCUGUGCCAGCUGGCCUGCCAGACCGGGCCCGACCCCGACUCGUGCCAGAGCACCGCGAGGUUCGCCCACAAGUACAACCUGCCCGAGGAGGGCAUCAGUCUCCGCCCGGGCUCGCCUUGUGAUAACUUCCAGGGUUACUGUGAUGUGUUCCUAAAAUGUCGCGCCGUGGACGCAGAAGGCCCGCUGGCGCGUCUCAAGAAUUUGCUCCUGAACCGAGCCACGCUACAGACAGUCCAGGCCUGGGUCAUCGAGCAGUGGUGGGCCGUGCUGAUCGGCGGAGUACUGCUCAUCGUGUGUAUGGGCGCCUUCGUCAAGUGCUGCGCCGUGCACACGCCCUCAUCCAAUCCCAAACGGGCUCCGGCCAGACGGCUGUCGGAGACGCUGCGGCGGCCGAUGAACACGCUGCGGCGCAUGCGCAACGCGCACGCGCACGCGCACGCGCACGGCGCGCACCCCGCGCGCCACGAGCCGCGCGCGCCGCGCCCCGGCCACCGCCGCGCGCGCCACAAGUACACCCCGCCCGCCGCCUACACGAGUACGAGACCCACCGCCCCCGCAUCGGCGCCGGCGGGCCCCAGCGGGGGCGGGCGGCGCCUGGAGCCGUACGCGAACGCGUACCCUGCGCCUGCGUCGUACGAGAUGCGGUCGCAGAAGGUCUGACACUACGAGUACCCCGGCGCGGGUGCGGGCGCGGGCGCGGGCGCGGGCGGGCUGGAGCUGGUGGGCGUGGCGCCCGGCGUGCCGCUGCUGCUCGGCUACGUGCUGCGCGCGCACCCCACCCCCGCCCCGACCCCCGCCCCCGCCCCCGCCCCCACCGUCACCGUCGCCUCGCAGACCACCAUCACCCUGCACUCGCCCGACACGCUCGCCGUCACCAACCCGCAGCGGCAGGCCGAUAUCUGAACGCUGCUCCUCGACGCUCGAUCGGACCCGAUUGUCUUAUUGUCGGUCGGCUGGCGGAAGGUUCACCUCGUGGUUUUAACGCUCCCCGUCGACGGAACGUGGCGACUGCGAACUAUAAAUAAGUAAAAUAAUUUUCAUGAGAUUACAUAAAAGUAGAGUUAAAUUCUUGGGACUUCUAGUAAACAUAUUUCGUCGACGUGGAGGCGCCGCCGAUUGCAUGAAAAAAAGUAUUAGAACUCCUACGAUAUGACAUGUUUAAUAAAUGAAAGUAAAAGUCUUCAUUUUUAAAACAGCUCUAUACUAAGCUAAUCCACCGCAUGUAAUAUUUCAUUAUUAUAGUUUUUGGACGUAAAAUAACCCCCUAAUUUGGUAGGGGAGGUUAGUCUUUCUCGACUUAGCGAUGGAAGCAGGAAGCCCCAACACUAUUGUUUGAAUUGUAUCCUGUCGUCCUGGUCGUAGGGCGCCAUAACCAUAGACCACUAUCAGUAUGCUACUGAUUCAGUAGCAUCUCCGCUCGCAUCUACACAUUUUAACUUACCUUGUAUUACUCUCAUUCUAAUAUUAUAUUUUAGCGCUGAUAUAAUCCAUCUAGUCCAGACACUUUGUCGAUAAUUGAAAUUUUAUAUGUACGAUAGUGAAGAUCAAAUCAAAAAUGUGUUCUCUCAAAUUAUUCCUUUCCAUUAGAAUAGAUGACAAAGCGCAAUAUUGGUUUAAUUGGUAAGAACUAUGUUUGCUCAAUCAAAAAAUAUGUGUACUCUAUUCUAUGUAUAGCUACUGCGAGCUCAAAGUGUGUCGAUCGACAGCUUCAUUUACGUAUUAUGUUGGUGUUGAAGAAUGAGAUUAUCUUUGAAUUCACUAAGCCCCAAAGCCCGGGCUUAAUAUUAUAAAGAUCCGUUACUAAAAUCUCUGAUGGUAAUUAUGAAUAUAUCGGCAACUCCAUAUGUUUAUCAUAAAAGUGGAUUUUACUCAAGUACUUUUAUAAAUCCCAGAGUAAAAGGCGUGUCUCAACGAGCCAGUGAUACUUUAACUAGCGUAAACACCCCAAUAAUCGACAUGUCCACGGAUGUCAACUUUAUUGCUAUGACAUUAUGAUUGAAAAUGUCGAUUAUUGGAGCUGUGUCGGGUACUGGAGCCUCUAUGUUACACGAUAAUAAUGGAUUGUCAGAGCUGCUUUUACAACAAGCAUUUAUGUAUAUUUUUGUAUAUAAAUGAAGUAAAGAGUAAAUAAAAAGCUAUUAUGUAAAAAUAUCAAACAAUUGUAACUGAAUACCAAUACUAGUUAGUGUAUAACGCAUUGUUUUACUGGAAUCUCCGUAAUCGUAAUUUUAUAAUCUAUUUUUAUUGUAUUUUAAUGUAAGGGGACGCGGAGGUGCCAUUAUACCAAUUUCGUAAUCCCAUUUGUUGAAUUAUUGUUCUUUUGUAUUUGUUCUCAGCCAACUUUUAUUGAACAUUCGAUUUGAACAACGUUACGCCCAUUUUAGUUGUGUCUCAAACAUUUGGAGAAACUACAUGUAGUAAUCAUCACAACAUUGUUAUUACUAUUAAAAUGUGACGUUUUCAAUCAAAAGGUACCACAUUGUCGCAUACCAUAAGGACGAAAUUGGAUUGUAUCUCUAUACGAAUAAUCUGUCACAGCGUCCUUAUGGCAAGCGGCAAUGUGGUACCUUUUGAUUGACAACAACACAAAUAAUGCCAUAUUCACGUAAACACUGCCAAGCGCUUUUUCUACUUAUGCGCUGUGUGAUAAGUAGAUACCAUACAUAAUAAUUGAAAUUAGUGAAGUGUAAAUGUUUAGUUAGACACUACCGCGGUUAGAUUAGUGUGUUCAACUGCCCUUAUUUCCGAAUACCAGAUUUCAUACAUGAUUUUCAAAGAUCUAGUUUCUUUUUAAACACCAAAUCUAACCACCAGAAUUUCCAACAUAAUGUAAGUUCUCUAUUAUCCAAGUAUUAAGAAAUUUGGUAUUUCGGAAAUUAUUUCUUGGGUGUUUAGUAAAUUGGAAAUUUUCAGGUUUGUGGGCCAAGAGCCGCAACCGAAGCGAGUUCCGCCAACGAACCAAAGGUGUUGUGACAACUAGCGGGUGGAAUAUUUUUGGUAGUAACUCUUCGUUGCACACCAUUGCAAUACAUGAAUGGUUAUUUAACUGUCUCACAGAUAGUAACUUGGUACGUUUGGCUAUCUAAAUAUAUAUAAAAUAACUAAAUAUUCACACCCGCUGAAGAUAAUACGUUCUAACAAUGUCCUGAAAUUAUUGAAGUCACUGGAAGCUUCAUGGGCUCAAAUGUUUCCAAAUUCUGCAUUUAGUCUUCCUAAGGACUUGUACUUUUUGUAUUCGUUUAAUGUUAUUUUUAAGUAGAUUGUAAAUUAAAAAAAAAACAACAGUAUUGCCAAAUGAUCAAAUAAUUAAAUUAGACUGAAAAUCAUACAAUGUUGUUAUGGUGUUCGUGAUUAUGCGUUCUCUUAGUUACCUCGGGCGUCGCGCGCCGUGGUUGGUUUUCUUCGUGUUACUGGCAAACACAAACUUGCAUAUCACAUUAUAACCUUUACUCUAUUACAUGAUAUACCUUUAAUAUACGAUUACGAUUGUUUGGUCGGUCGUUUCAGUUGAUCUCUUUGAUAGACGAUAUACGUUAAUGGUCAUACAUACUACGCGUAGAGUUAACUUUCCGUCGUGCAAGCCAAAGAGCAUGAUGUAUUUUUUAUGUUUUCUAUACAUUUAAUGUUAAGGGUCAAUCUUAUAAGUAUACCAUAGUAAUGCCAUUUUAUUAGUGAAUAUCGAAACAAUACGCGAAUUCUCAUAACUGUACUAUAACAUUGUAUAUUUGUAUGUAAACCGAGAGGAGAGGGUAAUGUUUCCGAUGUAGCGGUAGAGCGACUUGACCAAUUGUGUAAAGAUGGAUCACGUAACCAUCGCCGUAGUACUCAAUGGCAUUAUUUCUCCUAAGUGUAAGCUAGAUUACCGUAAUAGAUUAUUUAAAAGACAAUGUGAAUAUUUUUAAUUAAUGAGAUGAAUGUUACAACAUGUGAUUUCAAAAUAAAUAAAAAAACAAUAAAUUUUACAUUAAA